CUCUAACCAGACAACAAACUCACCACGAGCGACGCGCUUGAUUCGAACUCUGCUGACUGGAAUCCUUACCGUUGUCGGGAAUAUUAGGAGGCCGUUUUCAUUUCAUGCCGCUCUAUUCCUCUUCCAACCGAUAUGUUAUGUGAAAGAACCGAGUGGAAAUACGCUGAUUUGUACAAAUUUAUCAAUAGAUGCGCACCUUGUGAUCUCUUCCGAGUUGCCUCAGAUUCCCCUCUGCAAGGCGGCCGAUCAAAGGGUUUCGGUGAACUGCAUGAUGCCCGGUAAAUUUUUUUGUCCUGCCUCCACAACGGCAUCAAUGUUUGUUUUUGAGGGAGUACGUGUGUGUCGCCGCUAUAUUUCGAUGCCAUGAUAGGUUGACGCUAUCUCGCAUUGCCGCGCAUGGCCACAUACGGAUUAGAUACUGGACACUCAGCCAGAUUACUUAUAGGGCUGCACCCUACUCGAGACUGGGUACACCUUCGGGUCCCCCGUUAGAGGCAGCAUGCGACUUACAACCCUGAUUUUGCCCAGUAUUAUCACGGCGCUCGCGAGCGCCGCUUUCGCCAGAACCAGCAUUUUUGGCCGAGACGCAGCGUCAUCAUAUGUCCAGUUCACCUCCACCAAGUUCAGUGGCACAGACCUGCGCUAUGUCAUGGACUCUGGUAUCUGUGAGACUACGCCGAACGUAACACAAUAUUCUGGAUAUGUUGAGGUGGGGAAGAAUAUGUCCAUGUGGUUUUGGUUCUUUGAGGCACACAACUCGCCCGAGACGGCACCCUUCACUCUCUGGAUAAAUGGUGGGCCAGGAUGUUCGUCCAUGAUAGGUCUUUUCCAAGAAAACGGGCCUUGCAAGGUCAAUCCAGAUGGGGAAACGACCUAUCUAAACCCGUACAGGUAUCCCAAACUUCUCUUCUCCGAAGUGAUCUAUAUCGACCAGCCUAUCGGAACGGGUUUCUCCUAUGGCACCGACACAGUGAACAGUACGGAGGCGGCGGCACCUUUCGUCUGGCAGGUUUUCCAAGUCCUCUUUGAGAGUCAAGCGUUUGCCAAGUAUAGCAGUCGCGAGUUCGUGUUUGCAACUGAGAGUUAUGGCGGUCAUUACGGUCCUGCUUUUGUCACCUAUUUCGACCAACAAAAUGCAAAGAUCGUGGAUGGCACUCUUGACGCAGAGCCAAUCGCAGUCACUGCGUUAUUAAUCAACGAUGGAUGGAUCGAUCCCCUGAUUCAAAACAUUGCUUACUACACGUUUGCGGAGAAUGCCCCUGGAUACGGGCAACUCCUCUCGGACGCAGUUUUGGCAAACAUCUCCCAAGCCCUGUGGGGUGAAGGCGGCUGCGUGCAACAAGAGCAAGCUUGCUACGCUGCUGGAAAUUCCACCGCCUCGGAUUCAGUUUGCCUCAAUGCCUACAACUACUGUGAGAACUACGUAUUGACUGCGGCCAUUGGUAACUAUGAUCCGUAUGACCUCCGUCAGAAUUCUUCAGCCCUAUUUCCUCCUAAAUACUACGUCAAGUACCUCUCAAUUGAGAGUGUGAAGAAGCAGAUUGGUGCCGAGACUACUUACAAAGAAUGUCCAAACAGGCAAUAUUAUAAGAUUAUUAAUACCGGCGAUUUUGCCCGAACCUGGUUGCCAGAGCUGUCUCAGCUAGCCAACUCUGGAUUGAAGACCUUGAUAUGGGCUGGUGAUACUGACAUCAUAUGCAACUGGGUUGGUAAUUAUGCAGUUGUUCUUGCGAUGGACUGGUACGGAAAGGAAGAGCUAAAUAACACCCUUCUUACCAAUAUAACCCUCGAUGGAACACCUAUUGCCUCAGUGGCAAAUGUGGACAACUUCACCUUUGCGAGGGUCUUUGGCGCUGGUCACGAAGUGUUCAUUCGCGGGGAACAGUUGCACUCGGUGUAA